UCCUCGAAGAAACACUCUACAAGAGCUUUCCUCAUUAACCCCAAAAUUUCCUCUCUUUUACACAACUCUUUCGUUCUUCAAAAGGUUGUUUCACACCUUGUCUUCGCAGCUAUGUCUCUUUUGGGUCUCUAACAAGUUGCCCUGGAAGUUGGUUUUGUCUUGGUGUUUUAGGGAAUUUCUGGUGGUGUUCUAUUUAUUGAAAUAACAUGGGUUCUGAGGCUCCAGCUCCGUUGGUUGAGAAGACAAUUGCAGCAGUGGAGACAUCCGUAGGCAGGUCUUGUGCUCCAAAGACCAAGGGAAAGGUUCCCAGAAGAAUUCACAAGGCUGAGAGGGAGAAGCUCAAGCGUGAGCAUUUGAAUGAGCUCUUCCUUGACCUUGCAAAUGCUCUUGAUCCAAACCAGCCGAACAAUGGGAAGGCCUUUAUUCUGUGCGAAGCAACUCGACUAUUAAAGGACUUGUUUGGUCAAAUUGAGACCCUCAAAAAGGAGAAUGCUUGUCUAUUAUCCGAAUCUAACUAUGUGAGCAUUGAGAAGAAUGAGCUGAAGGAGGAGAAUUCCACCCUGCAAACUCAAAUUCAGAAACUGCAAAGUGAGAUAGGGACGAGGGUGGCCCAAUCUAAACCUGACUUGAACGAACCUCCUCUUGGCUUUCAGCAAUCAGAAUUGUCAUCGCAUUUUCGUGGAGAUCAUCCUGGUUUGCCUGCUGUAGAACCUGCUUUGCAACAAGCAUCUGCUCUCCUUGUUGUUCCCAUUCAUCCAGAUAUCCAGGCCUAUCCCGUGCCUGAUUCCAUGCAACCUACGGGUAAGACUAACUCCAUUGUUAGCAAACCACAUGCUCGGUAUCCCACUCCGGCGGAUUCUUGGCCUUCUCAACUUCUUGGGAAGCAGUCGGCAAUUAGGAAUGAGUUUGGACUUGAUGACAUUAGCAGAAGUGGGGAUAGAGGCGCAGCUAACUUGUAAAUUUUACUUGAUGCAAAAUUUCCACACCUUUGCGUUGGGUUAAACUAGGAUUGCCCCACUUUGGGAAGCUUGUACAUGUGAAUGAAUUUUGAUGAGUCAAAUAGUAUUUUAUUCAUGCUA